UUCGCCAACAGGACUGUUAGUAUUUUGGCUGACUUGCCGCGUAGGACCCAGUUCUCGUCAAACACCCUAAGGAGAAGGACGCAAAGCAGUGCCGAACUAAAACGUAGACGAUGGGUGCUCCGAAGCCGAUUGAAAACGAGAAGCCACCAAAUCAAGACGGAUCAGCAGCUAACACUUUUGACGAUGGUGACCCUGGCGAUGCUUUUAACGCGGACAUCAUCCUCGGUCAUUUGGGCAAAAUGGGAUGGUUUCAAAUCAAGUAUCUUUUUUGCAUCGGAUAUGGCCUGCUCUUUCCAACGUCUUGUAUCCUUAUUUACGUCUUUGUGGGAGGCGUGCCUGCUUACAGGUGUUUUGUUGAUGGUUGCGAUGAUCCAAUUGAUCCAGAGUACAAAGCCGAUUGGCUAAACGGAACUGCCCUCAACAGUCUUCUGGCAACUCCUCGUGCAUGGCGCUGUAACUACCAGGAUUUUGAUACCAUACCGAAUGCUACCACCCCGGAGUGUGCAUAUAAUAAUUACACGGUCAACGCCACUUGCCACAACUGGAUUUUCGACAAGUCUGUUUUUACAAGAACAAUCGUUACUGACUACCUUCUCGUGUGCGAUGAAUCAUGGAAGAUUACCUUUGGCUCGUUCAUCACAAUGCUGGGAGUUUUGCUGGGUGCUUUUUUCCUCGGGCCUUUGCCGGAUUUAAUAGGACGACGCACGUCAGUUGUUGUACUGGGGACGUGGAUGGCGGCCUUUGGCAUAGGUUCGUGUUUCGCUCCUAAUUUUGACGCGUUUGCAGGACUUCGAUUUCUUACUGGUAUGGGAGGUGUUGCUGUUUUACAAGCCCUCAUUAUUUGGGGAUUGGAAGCACAGGCUCCAGUAAUGCGAAUCAAAUUUAUUUGUCUCAUCUAUUGCUUUCAAUCCAUUGGAAAUCUUAUUAGUGGAUUACUGGCAUAUUUUAUCCGUGAUUGGAUAAUAUUGCAGCUCUGCCUUUUUGUGCCGAUGGGGACAAUGGUAGUUACCUAUUUCAUUUUGCCUGAAUCGACUCGCUGGCUAACAGUUAAGAAGAAAUAUCCUGAAGCCAAGGAAAUCUAUGAAAAUGCAGCCAAAUUAAACAAGAAAACCAUUCCUGCUUACUUACUGGUCAUUCCUUCCGAUGAACCUUCAAAAGGAAUCGAAGCCGAAGGAGCUCCACCCGCUCCUGCUGAUCAUGAUUCAAAUCCUCUCAGCUCAGCUGCACAAGUUUUAAAGACGGGAACGCUGUUGAUACGUCUUUUGAUCCUCUGUGGCACAUGGCUUGCCCAGUUCUUGUGCUAUUAUGGACUAUCGUACGCUGCGUCCAAUUUGUCAGCUGACAUUCAUUUCAACUAUAUUUUAGUCAUAUUGGUGGAAAUUCCCGCUUACGUAAGUGGAAUGUUUGCUAUGGAUUACUUUGGAAGAAGACUUAUCCUGAACUUCACUUUGUUAGCUGGUGGAUCGUUCUGCCUUGUUGCCGGAUUAAUCUCUAAAGAGUACAAUACCGUUAUUAUCGUAUUUUCGCUUAUGGGCAAAUUCUGUACCUCAAUGUUAACGGUUGCGAAUAAUGUCUUUACAUUCGAGCUUUUUCCUACCGUUUCCCGGGGUAUAACUAUCGCUUUGUGCUCGACGAGUGGAAAAGUUGGAGCUAUUAUUGCUCCCUACAUUGCAGCUAUGGGAGUGGUGAACCGCAGUCUUCCUUACGUCAUUUUCGGAGCCAUCAGUUUGGUUAUUGGAGUUUUUACUUUGUUACUACCAGAAACCAAAGGUCUUCCUAUUCCAGCUACCAUCCAGCAGGCUAUUGAUUUGGAUAAGACGAAAAUUGAUAUUACAGUAUUGUGGCGUAAACGGAACCCUUGCUGCCGUGCAAAGGGACCAGCUUCGACGGACGCUAGCAACAAUUCCGAUGCUACAUUAUAGCCUUCCCGUCUUCCACCUAGAGGAUCUUAUGUUUUCAGGACAUUUUUUUUCACACCACAAGUUUUAUUAAACUGUAAAAACGUAAAUAAUUGUGAUCGCUUAUUAUAUCGGCUGCAGGCUGCAUAAUAUACUGGUAAACUACUUUCAA